AUGCAUAAUUUGGGUUGUAGUAGGCUUCUUAGAUAUCAGAAGCAAACUCACACGGCGACAUGCCGGAAUCCGCCGCCUACGCCACCUUACGAUGUAUUCAUUAGCCAUCAAGGAAGGGACACAAAGCGCAACCUAGCUAGUUUGCUCUACGAUCACUUCACUCGCCGAAACCUAAAUCCAUUCUUGGACAACAAGAGCAUGAAACCUGGUGACAAGCUCCUAGACAAGAUUGAUUCUUCAAUUUGGGCUUGUAAGAUCGGAGUUUCCAUCUUCUCUCCACGUUAUUGCAGCUCUUACUUCUGUCUUCAUGAACUGACACUAAUGAUGGAAUAUAAGAAGAAAAUCAUCCCUAUCUUCUGUGAUGUCAAGCCCUCAGAACUUCAAAUCGUUUUGGAAAAUGGAAGAUGUUCAACUAAAGAGUUGCAGAGGUUCAAAUGGGCAGUUGAAGAGGCCAAACACACCGUAGGCUUAACAUUCGAUUCGCGAAAUGGGGACUGGUUGAAACUCUUAAGAAGGGCUUCAGACACUGUGGUGGAGAGCUUGAUGGAAUUAGAGGCAGAUGGAGACAAUAACCAGUGCUCCUGCACUCCCACUCAAGCCAGCUUUGCGUAUUGA